ACUAUAAAACCCCCAAGGAUCGCUGUCGUGUCCGACAUUAUUCUGUUACGGAGUCUCGAGGAACGACGUAUCCGAGAUGAUCGUCACCGGGAAUCCCGUUAGCCGCGCAGCUGCCUUCUGCAUCCUGGCCAUGCUGCUCUGCUUGGGGUCUCGCGCUUCCGGUGAAUACGAAUCGAGGGAGACGAACGGUGGAUCGAGCGACGGCAGAACGCCGAACAACGAUUUUAGCUCGUGCAUCGAAGGCAAGUGUAUCAAACGUACCCCACAGGACAUCACCAACGCCAUGUGGUUCGGUCCGCGUUUAGGGAAACGACACAGGUCGGAUGAGAAGCAGGAAGUAAGCCCCGAGAUCGAGGUCCUGGCGAAUCCAUUGAACGGCAUGGGUUUGGCAAUCAUCACGGUUCCUGCAGGUGAGAAUCGAGCUAGAAGACAACAAAAAGACGACAAGAAAACAGAAGAAAAACAACAAAAAAAGUUUACAUUCAUCCCGCGUCCAGGACGAGAAUCGAACGAGGAUCUAUUCUACUUCGGGGAUGCGUAUGAAGUCGACGAGGAUGACCGUCUGUUACCGCCGCAAUUCGUACCUCGUUUAGGACGCUGGCUUCCCGGGCCACCGAGACUUGGUCGUCAAUUACGCAACGCAUUAUGGAAACUAUAGGCACCAUCCGAUAAAAGAUAGGAGAUCAUUGUAAAGACAGAGAAUAAAGUAUGAUCUCAUAGACUUGCACGAUUAUGAGGCUCUUGAAAGACAACCCUAUUUGUGUAUAUAAGAUAUAGAAAAAUAAAUAAAGUAUAUUUGUAUUGUGAAACCAUAA